CUGAAACCAAAAUGACUAGUAGUUGUCUCAAUGCUCUUUCUCAAGCCAUCCACAAGAAGCUCCACCGGGCAGUAGCUAAUCCGUCGCAGAGGCGCAACUUGUUGCAGGAGCUAUUUGCAGAUGUAGCUUUAGAAGUGGAUGAUCGCGCCAAAGUUGAUGAUUUUGAGUCUCCUGGGUAUAACAGAUGUAAUAGUGAAAAAGGAAGAAGAUGUUAUAUCUCCUGCAGAGGAUUUGAUUGAAGGUCCAUUAUGUUUCUAUGAUGUUCUUGCUGAGUAUUUUGCCAGAGUUCCAGAGACUGGAAAACGUAUUCUUGAAAUGAUUGUUCAAAUGUGGACCCAAUCAUUUGCAUCCAACAUAUUUGCCCUCCUCUUCCACAAAUGGUUAUUUGAAGUUCAACUUGACAAUCCAGAAGUGCUGCUUCGCUACUCAGCUGCUCUUGUUCAAGGUGCAACUAAUGUUUUCUGGAUUGACAUUCAAACACACACAAGGCGUUUCCAGUCUCUGUUCUGUUACCUUCUGCAAGAUGUUACAUUGGUCCCCAAUCGAUUGAAUAAAAUUCCAGUUCAGGCACAACGAGAUAUGUAUCUUUUGCUUUCAAGGUUCAUGCUCUUUUACAAUGCAGCUAACCAAAUAGAUAGCUUUCUGAAACAUUGUCCAACUUUUCCAAAUGCCUUCUUGAAUGGUGGCCCGGCAGAUAUAUUUGUUACAGAACUUACUGAUCAGCUUCAAAAGUUGAAGGUGGAACCAGUACUACUGCAUUACCUUUCAGAAAUUAAGGUCCUUCAGGGCAUGGAACUUAGAAUGACUACAAGUACAAGACUAAAAACUUGUUUGUAUAGUUUCACUUCUCCUGGCGGUCUGAUGUAUCCCACUAGAGCCGUUUGUCAUACGGCCUGGGAAGCAUUGGAUUUGCUCUUUCCGGUUGGACGAUACCCUCGGCAUCUUAUAAGUUUGUUCUUUAGAUUGCUAUAUCCCUGGUAUUGGCCUUCCACUUGCUGGAACUUGUUGGAUUUUUGCAUUAAGGCAAUCCUUCACUCCUUGUUGAAGGUGUUAUUGUCCUUCUGGGCAAAGAUUGCCAAGCCAAAGUCAUCUUAGACCAUCCCCAUGCACAUGAAGUUUUUACAGAUGAACUUCCAACUUUGAAUGCAUGCCAACAGGGAAACGCAAGGGGGAAAAGGGUCUCUGAACACUUCCCGCACGCACUAUUAUCAUUAAUAAUAAUGAUAACUCGUGUACAAGAUUACUCUAUCAGCAAUAAAUCUAGAAUUCAAUCCAACUUCACAAAGCGGUGAUGUAAAAGCAGGGAUUUUUAUAAAUGGCACGGAACUGCAAUUCGUUCCAUCAAAUUUACGAACAAGUUGUCGGUUACUCUCUAUAUGACUACGAACAACAGGUUAUAAUUACAUUGAACAAGAUAACAAAAAGGCGCAAAGCUUUGUAACAGUUAUAUGCCUCAAGUCCUAACUGCCGCAAAGUAGGAGCUUCAAAAAUCAAGAGGAUACUUCUUGAUCCCAAGUUAAAAUCAACUUAGCAACCCCAUAUUUAACAACAAAACACUUGUAUUGGAGUUUGAUUAUUAACUAGAACUGGCCGUUGAUGAUCAUAUCUUUUGCUAAUAUAUCGGCUUGUACAAAACCCAACAUCGGAGAAAUAUGCACCAGGUUAUAAUCCCUGCACUGCAAGUCUUUCCCACACCCAACUUACAUGCCUUGAAAACAGAAUUAUUCAACGACCACUCCAACCAUCACUAAGAGCAAGCACUCCCCUCUUCCCUAUGUAACAUUCAGUUCGAAUACUGAUAAUUGCAUAUGAAAUAAUUCGGAACAAAAUGUAAACAGAACACCAUUUAGACAGCUUAACCUUGAAUGCAGCAGGAUCUACAUAAAUGCUAACUCCUGCAGCAAACCUAUCACGGAAGGCUCUAUCUAUCUUUCAUCUGUUGAACUAUCUUGACCAGUGCACCCAACCAGAGAACAGAUGAUAGAUUCCA